UGUUGUUCUAUUUGCUCUAGACCCGAUAACUUCCCCUUCUUCCAUGUCCUCCAUCGGUUCCUCUUGUUGCCAACAAAGCAACAAUACCUGCACUCAAUAGCAUGGAACCUUGUGGAGGAGAAAAGGUGAUAGAUUUGAACACCAUGGCUGAAAUUCCAGAAGAGAAGGAUCUGUUGAAGCAGCUCCAAGGUCCUCCCUCCAGGAGCGUUAUAGCACCUCAGCCAAAUCGACCAUUGGGCUCCAGCAUCAGUGUUGGGUCCAUCGAUGAGAACACAAGCCUAACUUCCCCAAUGCAAGUUCCAAAGACACCAGAGGAGGUUGAAGAAGAGGUUGAGUCUGAGGCCUUGCCAGCAGUGAUAUCUGACUCAAACAGCAAAGUUAGACAGGCAAAUUCUGCUUACAAAGAGAUGGCGGGUCAACCAGAAUGUCCCUGGCUCGAUUCUAUGGUAACAGGAAAGGAAAAGCCGGAAGCAACUCAUGCAAGAGAAUAUGAGGGGAAGUGAUGCUUCAUCUAUCUGAUUCGAGGGUGCCAGUUAAAUCAAACGGUUUUUCAUGCUCGAUGAGGAUUGACAGGGGAAGUGAAGGGAAGAAGAGCUCAAUCAAAGCUUUCUGUGAUGUGAUCAGAUUAUCAUGUCAGUCAAAGGACUACCUCUUCACAUGGAGGUUCCAUACCUACAACAGGGAAGAAUCUCAGUCUAUCUCCAAUGUUUGAAAUUUGAAGUGUAAACAGCUGUUUUACUGCAAAAUGCAUCUGAGCUAGCCGCUCAUAAUUGCAGGGGAUUUCUGUUGACAUGAACAUGGAUUUUUAUCAUGUUAAAUAUGAUGAAAUUGGGGGCAUAAUCUGCCAAAGGGUCGGGGACUUGUCCUCCUAUACUCCUCCAGUGUUCUGGACAUCAGAACCUAUGUUCAUGAAGUCACCAUUUUCUCCAGAGGAAGAAUAUAUAUAUAUGAUAAUCACAUACAUCUUCAGCCACUGGCAGCUGAGGAUCACGUUUGUAGUCAACCUGCCGUGUCAGACAUUCAGAUGAUUUCCUACAUUAUGCUCAUCAACUCAAGUUACAAAUUAACAGUUCCAGGCUUAGUAGGAUCUGAUGAUCUCCAACAUGAAU